AGUUAAGUAAUUUAUUACUUUAUAAAAGAAUUUUAAUUCAAACAUUACGGUCGAUAAAAACAAAGGAGCAUCCUGUCAACUUGACAUAAAGAAAUUUAAAGCUCUCCAAGAAAAAAAAAUGUUCCGUUAUUGAAAAAAGUUUAGUCCAGUCGAAAUAUUAUUAAAAAUAUUAUUUUAACGCUCAUCUAGUUACACUGUGGCCACGCAAAUAUCGCAACUGCAACGUACAGAGUGGACAAAAGUAGAAGUUUGUGAAUUAUAACAGGUGAAGCAUGAAUUCCGGAGAUGUUUUGCUAGAACCCGACCCAAUGCUUUACUACAACGACCCCUUGAUGCUUUGCAUGGCGCAGAAUCUCAGAAACGAAUGCACGUUUGUUUUUAAAUCCGUUAAUAAUGACACGGUCUCGCAAAGAACACUUAUUCUGGACAAUAAGAACUUUUAUUCUAAUUCUACACCUUGCACUUCGAGCCAAAAAGACAGUUAUUAUCCGGAUACAGCUGUGAAUCUCCAAGCUAGCUCUAGUAAAUUACCUGAAACUUUUAGAAGUAUACAGGACGACCAGCCAGAAUUCAUUGACGUAAACAAUUUGACGUUUUUCGAAAACGCCGGUGAUAAAAAGAUAGUCAAAGAGAGUAUUGCGAUUAGUGAUGAUGAUAGCGAUGUCAUUUUCGUUAAAGAGUAUAAAAAUGAAGGUUCUAAUCACGUUUCUGCACAGUUAAACGUGAAUGGUAAAGAUGAAAUCAGGAGAAACCCAAUGAGAAAAGCUAGGUCAGUUAAAUCAAAGAGACAUCUCCAAAAUGAGCAUUUUCUCGAGGAGGAUUUUGAUGUUCUGGAUGAAAUGGACGAAAGUAAUCUGGUAUUUUUCAAAAACAAAUCUAAUUCCUCAAACUCUGUGACGUCCAAUGAGAACUUCAAAGAAUGGCCUGUCAACGCUUACGAGAGACCAGAAUACAAUCCAGAAACAAAGAAAAUUGAACCAUUCGAUUAUACCAUUAGGAAAAUUCAAGUUAGUCAGACCCAGCAGGUGCAGGAAAAGAAGAAAUGCUAUAUAGAAGUCGCACCAAAGAUCAGAAGAAAAUCGAAGAAAAAAUACUUCAUCAGAAAAAGAAGACCGAAGAAUAGCAAGAUCGAGAAGAAAGUUCCAGUUGAAGAUCUGAAAGUCACUGUAAAGUCAACCUUCGAUUUUGUGAGUGAUUUCUUCAAAUUAUACUCUAAAGACUCUUCGAAACCUAUUUCUACAACAUCGAACGAUGGGAUCUACAAUUUGUUGAAGAAUCAAACCACGUUGUUGUGUUUGUUGAACGGGUACAAAGAAGAUGAUAUUAAAAAAUGCGUGGGGAAGUUGGUAGUUGGAAGUUAGGGACUGGAAAUUAGGAAUUAGCAUGUAAUUUUUGUUGGCAUAUAAUUAUUUUUGUUGUGAAUGUGCAGUUAAUUUAAUUAAAAAAAA